AUGUACGUCGCAGACGUCAACCAACAAGUCUGGGACGGCUAUGCAGAGCGGCUGACAUUUGCGUUGAACACGGCACAUGAUCAAGUGAGAGGAGAGACGUCAUUCUUCUUAGUCCAUGGGUGGGACCCGCGGUCGACACUGGAAGCGGUUGUUUCAGUAUGGCUUUACCUGGAUCGCGUCAAGGAAGGCUACGCUCGCAAGCUCGCACACAUGUGGCAUGGACCGUUCCGCGUCACAGAGUUGAUCGGCAAUCACGCCGCUCGAGACUGCAGGCUCAAGGUAUCGGAUCUUCCCGAUUGUACAUCUGUCGAAGCUGAAGCCAGUGUGAACGUUCCCGGAUCGGCCGAAGGUUGCGUUGAAUAUCGAAGACGACGAUCGGACUUCGACGAAGAACUGCUGCCGGACGACAGCUGGGACACUCCACUGGAUGAAGACGAAUUCGAGGUGGAACGGAUCGCGGACCCGACAUGGGUGGAUGAAGCCGACCUCAAUUGCGCCGCUCUGUUGUACGAGUAUGAGCGCGGACGCACCAGCCGCAACCGCUUCAACGUGAUGCAAUCACACGAGGAAGGGGUGAACCACACACUUGGUGGAUAG